GGCCCUGCCUCGCCCCGGGGGCUGCGGGCCGCCCGACAGGCCCCGCGCCUCGCCUCGGUGGCAGCGCGGCCGGGAGAAGGCGAGCGGCCGGGAGGAAGGAAGCGAAAGCGGGAAAGAAGAGGCACUAGCGACCCUCCUACUUCUGCCUGUUCCCUUGCUGGGUGUGGAGAUUGAGUGGUGAAAUGCUGUUGCACCCGCAGGCGUUCUGUUGCCUCUGUCUUCCAGGAAAACUGGAAGAAUGUUCUCAGGUGCAAAACCUUCUUUUUAUUUCUCCUAAGUAAUGUUUCAGGUUUGUCUUCCAGCAAGCCAACAAUUUUUGCUUCCCUGGAAAAAGAAAUGUUUGUAAGCAGUUCGAGGACCUUAGUUGCACUAUUGAAAUAAUGACUUACCAAAUAAUCUAAGACAGCUUUAUGUUUGAGUAAGGCAUAAAAGGAAAAUGGAAGAAGAUGAGACUUUACAAGGUGAACUGGAGAUGGCAAAAGUUAAUACACGUGCUUCUCCUGAAAUCAGUCGCCGGAUAUCAGUUAGUGAGUUCCUUUGUCAUUGCUGUUACGACAUUCUGGUCAAUCCCACCACCUUGAACUGUGGGCACAGUUUCUGUAGACAUUGCCUAGCAUUGUGGUGGGUAUCCUCCAAGAAGAAUGAAUGUCCAGAAUGCAGAGAAAAAUGGGAAGGAUUCCCUAAAGUCAACAUCCUCCUCAGGGAUGUUAUUGAAAAGCUAUUUUCUGAUGCCAUUGAACAAAGAAAAGAAGAUAUUCAACAAAACAGUGAUGUAGCACGCAGUUUAGCAACCUUCCAAAAAUAUGGGAAUGACCAGAUUCCUACAGCUCCAAACAUAAGAAGAAUUAAUCCUCGAGGAGGAGGAUUUUUUUCAGGCGUUCUGACAGCUUUGACUUGUGUAGCAGUAGUUCUGCUUGGGUAUCACUGGAGUAGCAGAGAAUUUGAAGAUGAUCUUCUUGUCCAAAAGCCUGUUGCUAAAUGGACUGCUGAAGAAGUGAUCCUUUGGCUAGAACAGCUAGGCCCAUGGGCGUCACAUUAUAAAGAGAAAUUUUUGCAUGAGAAAGUGAAUGGAAGGCUACUUCUAACACUGACAGAGGAAGAUUUCACAAAAGAGCCUUACAAUAUAGAGAACAAUAAUCAUAGAAAAGCUAUUAUGAUGGAAUUGGAAUGUGUCAAAACUUUAGGGGUUAAACCACCACAGAACCUUUGGGAAUAUAAGGCAGUAAAUCCUGGAAAAUCACUCUUUCUUCUAUAUGCGCUGAAGAGUUCUCCAAGACUCAGUAUGUUAUACCUGUAUUUGUUUGAUUAUGCAGAAACUUUCCUACCUUUCAUCCACACAAUUUGUCCUAUACAAGAAGAUGGAUAUGAAGAUAUUGUCACAAAACUACUAGACCUUAAAGAUCCUACUUGGAAACAGUGGAGAGAAUUCAUUGUAAAGUAUUUAUUUUUGCCAUACCAAUUGAUAGCUGAAUUUGCUUGGGACUGGUUGGAGGUGCACUACUGGACAUCAAGAUUUAUAAUUGUAAAUGCCAUGCUGCUCUCUGUUCUGGAAUUAUUCUCUUUUUGGAGGCUGUGGUCAAGAAGAGAAUUGAAGACUAUUCCUCACAGAAUGUGGAGACAUUUCUGGAAAGUCUCAACCCAGGGUCUUUUUGUUGCUAUUUUUUGGCCUUUUAUUCCUCAGUUUGUCUGCAAUUGUUUGUUUUACUGGGCCUUGUACUUUAACCCAAUUAUAAAUAUUGAUCUCGUGGUUAAAGAAGUGAGGCGUCUGGAAACACAAGUGCAAUGACUGGCGUUGGAUCUAUUGGGUUGUUUAAUUUCUGAAAACUGGUAUUUGAUUGAAACUUUGCUUUUCUUUAUAUAUGUGGUAGUGAAAGUCAUGUAUUACGUUAACUUAAACGUGCAAAAAAGCCCUAAGGUAAGUUACUUUUAAGCCAGCUCGACUCAAAGCUAGAGAUGGGCUUUAUCUAAAAUGAACUUUCUAUUAAAAAAAAAAAAUUCAUGUGUGAAUUAGCUUUUAAAAAUUUGUACUGUUGUGUCCAAAUUUUGAUAAACAAAAUCAAACUCCUCUAUUCUGUCUUGUGAUAUCUGGUUAUUUUCAAGCUUGCUGGGGAAAGCCUUAAAGCCAUUGUCUUCUGAACAGCAACGGUGAUUCUAUAAGUUAGUAUUUCAUACCAGCAGUGUGUUGCUCAGAACUUAAGUUUGCCAAAGGAAUGCUGUUCCUGGAUAGGCUUGAUAAUUGAAAGUACUUCAGGGUUUUCAGUCGGCUUUAAAUGUGAAGUUCUGACAGUCAAAUAUACAAAUCUCACAGUAGCAUUGUUUUAAAAAUUUCCCUAUUGAAGGCAAAGAGUGCUUGAGGGUUAUUUUGGAAAAUGUGGCAGUUGCCAUUCAAAACUUUCUUUGCUCAGGUCAGUUAGACUUCAUCAAUAGCUUGUUUAAUGCUGUCUUCUUAAAAGUACUAAUUCUCAAAAUAAAUUCAGGGUUAUCCCUUAAAAGGAUUAUUUUGGAAAAGUGACCUGACAUUGUAAUUAUGCCUUAAUGUAAUAAAAUAUGUGCAUCUAAAUCUGUGAUUAAAUAUUGAUUGAAAAUUUAUUUUGUAUAAACAGGAUUGCCAUUUGAUAAUGUAUGGUUUUUGACUGAAGCAAAGUUGACUUUUUUUUUUUUAACGCCAUGUCUCCUUACAUUGUCUUUGUAUUUUUUUUAUUUGUAUCAUUAAAAUGAACUUCUUAUUUGCCUAUCAAUAUUUUUAAAGAUUAAAGAUCUCUUUUAAAUCAUAGUCCUUCUUUCUAAAGAAGUUUUAUUUAAAUUUUUGUAUUGGAAUACUUGCUACUAGCUUUGGCUUGUGUAAAUUCGUUAUCUGGCCAUCUGGCUUUAAGUGAGUUCAGGGGAGUUAAAACAUUCUCAGUUCUUAAACUUUAAAAUUAUCAGUAAUAAAGUGUUUUAUUCAGCAA